AUGGGGAUUCGGGAUGUUGUUCCCAAGAGUAUGGAGCUUAUUACCAUAGCCGAGGCACAUCCAGGAAAAGGCCUCACGGAUUUCUCCUCUUUUGGACCACCCCUUCUGAAAUUACACAAUGGUAGUGCCUUUGGCAUAGCUAUGAGGAAGUCACGUUUUAUUGCUUCAUUGGCUCAAUUUGUAGCUGGACUGGGAAUGCCUUCUGGUUCUAAUACAAUGGAGGAUAGAUAUAGCACAUUCCUACAACUCGUGUGUCAAUUACCCAGAGGAACAAAGUUGUCUGUUCUUGGUAAUCACCACCUGCCUUUUUUAUCAAAGCAGUUUAGAAAAUUGGGAUCUCUUACAAUUCCACUAGUCUUGUCCGACCAACAUGAAGCAUCUGAGACAGAACCUGAAGCAUCACCCUUAACAAGGAGACAAGUCUCAGGUGGUUCUACUGCUAUAAUGCUGGAGUCUGAACUUGAUGGCUUUACAAAACUUGGAGGUUGGGUUGAGAUGAACACACUAAAUCCCAAAUCUCUACAAUGGGCCGUAACAUUGUCCGAUGUUUCUGAAGAUUCAUUUGGCUGGGGAAUGGGUCUUGGCGGAAUAGGUGCGGAUCAUUUUCAGGCUGAAGCCUAUCUAAAAUUUAACAUGGGUGAUAAAUUCUGCUUGAAGCCAGGAUUUGCAUACGCAACGGAUGGAAAUUCUGGAAUAGGUGCUUUAAUGCUUCGGUCUACUUGGUCCUUGUGAUGAUUUUCUUCUGACAAUUACUAUUUUUAGC